GCUACAUUCAGUUUACAAACAAUGGCUCCUACAGCCUAGAUAGCGCACAUAUAUAGCAAAUAGAAAGCCAUGUAGGAUUGAACCCACGUGUUAGGGAGCAUAAAAAUGCUUCGUUGUUCUGCAAGAAUAAUGUCGGGGUAUCUGGCGCUCAUAACCUCUAGAAUGAUGCGACCGGAUGAUGCCAACAUCGCGGGUAAUGUCCACGGUGGGACCAUCCUGAAGAUGAUUGAGGAAGCUGGGUGCAUUAUAGGAACUCGCCACUGUAAUACUCAAACUGGGGACCGCUGCGUUGCCGCCCUGGCACGCGUGGAGCGCACGGAUUUCCUGUACCCCAUGUUCAUUGGCGAGGUGGCCCACGUGAGCGCCGAGAUCACCUACACCUCCAAACACUCUGUGGAGGUGCAGGUCAACGUGAUGUCUGAAAACAUACUUACAGGUGACAGAAAGAUGACCAACAAGGCAACACUGUGGUAUGUCCCCUUUUCACUUCAAAAUGUGGACAAAAUCAUUGACGUCCCCCCCAUUGAGUACUCUAGUCCUGAUCAGGAAGAGCUGGGGAAGAAGAGAUACGAAGCUCAGAAGCUUGAACGAAUUGAAACAAAAGAAAGGAAUGGCGAGAUCAUGACACUGGUUUCUCUUCCUGAAAGACACACGAAAGAACCGUAUACCGUUGGAUUCAGCCAGUCGAGUCUCAUCCACCUGAUUGGUCCGUCGGAUUGCACUCUGCAUGGCUUUGUACAUGGCGGUGUGACCAUGAAGCUGAUGGACGAGGUGGCAGGAAUUGUGGCCGCUCGUCACUGCAAGACCAACAUUGUGACCGCGUCUGUGGAUGCCAUCAACUUUCACCGCAAAAUCAAGAAAGGUUGUGUGAUCACAGUAUCCGGGAGAAUGACUUUUACUAGUAACAAGUCAAUGGAGAUCGAGGUGUUUGUGGACGCCGAUCAGUUGGCGAAUGCAGAGGAGGGGAAAUAUCGAGCUGUCACUGCCUUCUUUACCUACAUUUCCCUGGACAAACGGAACAAGCCGUCGCCUGUGCCUCCACUGAAGCUGGAAGGCGAAGAGGAGCAGAAGCGUUUUGAUGAAGGAAAACUGCGGUACCUUCAAAACAAGGCAAAGAGAGUGGUGGAUAAGGAGCAGAAACAAUGAUGCCUCUCAUUAAACAAGCAUAAUAUUGGAGUGUUGGAGAAUAUCUCAGUAGUACAUUGUCUAAGGUUUCAGUAAAAACAAACCCUCUCUUAUCCUAAUUGUAGCUGUGUGAAUUAAAAAGGGAAAAUUGUUUUCACGUGACGUGUACUUUCCAUGUUUGUUGUUUUACUGCUGCAUACCAAAGCACCUUCUGUAUGUAUUUAGAUGCUCACAUAUUAUAUAAUGUAAAUCUUAUUUUAUGACCGAAGAGACCUAUUUCUGACAUGCUUCAACCAUUCUGUGUGAUAAUAAACAUGAUGCACUAAUAAAAA